AUGUUCAGCAGUAAAUACGCCUACAACACUCCACCUGCGCCACAAGAGAUGCCGACGACAGCAUUUGGCAUGACUGGCGUUCAGCAAAAGAUGCGCGGCGUUACCCUCGAGGACGGCUUCGAGACUCCUCCGCCCGCGACAUCCACUUCCUGGACCGCGGACAAGGCCAAAUUUGCACGAUUCGAGUCGCUGAAGGAGAUGACACUCGGCACCUACAUCGUGAUCGGCGCCGACGAAGGCGAGACGACUUUCUGUGCUGCUCUGGUGCUCAGCAAAGACGGAUCAACCAAGAUUCUGCGUACCAGUUGCAGCGAUUGUCCGAUCAAGGCCACGCAGAUCAUCGUCAGCCAGCUCCACAAGGAUGUGUUCCCUCUCUUGGGUUCGUCUAUCAGCCAACUUGUCUCUUGCACCAUGCUAACCACAGCCUCAGUCAACCUCGGCGCUGGUGCGCAGCUCCAGGGGCAACAGGGCUACACCAAUGGCCUCACUGGGACGUUCGAGCUCGCAGACAACAAGAAGAAUACCAAGCCGGAUGGUGCCGCCGACGAUACUGAAACUCUCGCUGGCAGAGGAGGGGACAGCUGGGUUCCCAAUGCUCCCAGGGGACCGAAGCACAGCAGGGGUGGCUUUAAGCGGCCUCGCAGGUCCGAGAACGAAGGCCAGGUGUCAGAGCAAAUGGGCGAUAGCGGCAUGGACGGUGGAUUGAACUAUGAUUGA